CCCUCGGCGAAAUCCCAUUGGCGAAGGCGGCCGUCGAUCGGCGCGAGUGGGCGGGGCUUCCUGUCCGUCCUCAAGCGGUGCCGUGUGUCGGGGCCGGCUGACCGCCCUGCCUGAGGACAGCCACCAUGCUGGAGGACGCGCAGACCCGUGAGCUGCUGGGCUUCCUGACGCUGGUCACACGGCUGGACGUUAAGAGCCAGGCGACCGAAUACGUGCUGGGUCUGACGGGAAGCGCAGAUGGUCGAAGUUUCCUGGCACGGAACGCUGACUUUCUACAGGCUCUACUGACCCUGACGCGGGACCCCUCUCGAGCUGUGGUGAAGGACUGUUACUGUGCCCUCGUCAACCUGUCUGCGGAUGAGAGUGCCCACAGACCCCUUGUGUCCCAGGCCGACCUGCUCCCUUCCCUGCUGAAGAACCUCUGUGAUCCCGAGUACGACUUCUCGGACCAGGUCUGCUCGAUCCUGUCCAACCUCUCGCGGAGGACGGACACCUGCAGGGAAGUAUUUCGCGCCAUUCAGAGCGAGGGCGUGGGCUUGGCCAAGAUCGUGGAGGUGUUCUGCACGGACGGUUAUAACAAGAAGGGGGCACUUCACUACCUGGGCCCUCUGCUGUCCAACCUGACCCAAUUACCAGAAGCCAGGCAGUUCAUACUGGAUAAAGACAGAUGCGUGGUGCAGCGAUUGCUCCCCUACACUCAGUAUGAGGGGUCUGGUGUGCGACGAGGUGGUGUGGUGGGCACACUGCGCAACUGCUGCUUUGACUAUGCCUAUCACGAGUGGUUGCUCGGCAGUGAAGUCGACAUCCUCCCCUUCUUGCUGCUGCCGCUGGCUGGCCCUGAGGAGCUGAGCGAAGACGAAAUGGAAGGGCUCCCUGUGGACCUGCAGUAUCUGCCGGAGGACAAGCAGCGCGAGGAGGACCCGGAUAUCCGGAGGAUGCUGCUCGAGGCCAUCAACCUGCUCAUGGCGACCAAGGGUGGGCGUAAGGCGGUGAGAGACAGGAACGCCUACGUGAUCCUCCGGGAGCUGCACAAGUGGGAGCCGGAGCCAGAUGUUGCCGCUGCCUGCGAGAAGCUGAUUGAGGUGUUGAUCUCCGAUGAGCCGGAAGCCGGGAUGGAGAACCUGCUGGAGGUGGAGAUCCCCGAGGACGUGGAGAGGAAGCUGACGCAGCAGGACGAGGAGGAGCGGAGGCGCCUCGAGGAGCAGCUGCUGAAGAGCAGAGGGGGUGGGCAGAGAGCGCAGGGAGAAAGCCCAGAGGGUCGGGAGAGUUGACGGCACGCCUGCACUGAGACCGCGAAGCCUGGCCUGGUCUCCGCGUGGACCAGGUUGGUGAAGGACCUUGCUUUUGUGGAUGUCGGGAGGGGACAUUUAGCACCCUGUGUCCCAAGCCCCUACCUCUGAAGUUCAGGUCCUGCCUGAUGUCCCUUUGAGGCAGCGGGAGAGCUCCUCAGUUUCCCAGACUUUGCUGACAGAUGUAAAUAAACCAAUUUCC